AUGCGUCACCUGGGCUAUCAUAAAAAUAAUAAUAAACUGAAGAUUAAAAAUGCCUCAAGCAUCCAGCUAAAGAAAUAGAGUUCUUUUGUAAUCAAUGUCAACAAAUAGUUUGCUCACUAUGUAUAUUUCAUGAUCACAAUGGGCAUGAGUUAACAUAGCUAGAGGAAGCGAGUUGACAACAAUCUCUCUCAUAUACAUCAAGUGAACGAGGAUAACAUUUUAUUCUUGAGAAGCAAACUGAAUGAGAUUGAGAAACUCAAAGAGAUUUAGCUUAAAAAUAUUGAUAGAGGUUUCGAAGAACUUAUUAGAAGAUUAGAGGAAAAAAAAUCUAAUCUUAAAAAUGAUUUUGUCUAGAAAUAUGAUAGAGAAAGACUCAGACUCGAGGAUACAAUGAAGCCAUAUCUGAUUGUAUAGAAUAGAUUAGAUGCUGUUAAGCACACUUACUCUGAAUUAAGUGACAUGCUGAUGAACAAAUCUAGUGCAUUUGUACUCGGGAAGAUACAAGAUGUGAUGACGAAAAUGAAAUAAGCUAGUGAUACAUUACAGGACCUUUAUAUUCAAACAGAUUUAGAUAAAAAAGCAAUCUAAAUUUCUGAAAAUCUUAGACCACUGACAAUAAAUAUAGAGAAAGCCUUUAAAUUGAUUUCAUAAUUUAAAAUUGAGCAUCAACCCCCUAACUCAAUGCAGCCUUCACAUUCUAAUUAGAGAUUCAGUGCAGACUAUUCAGGCUCAGGUGCUAAAAAUACAAUUAAACUUAUGCCUUUGGAAGGAACAUUAAAUCUUGCUUCAAGAAACUAAAAUAAUAAUUCAAAGCUAGAGAAAGCCAACCUUGGGAUGCAGGAUGUUUAAAUGGAGUGGUAGCAUUCUCAUCCAUAUAAACCCACAAUGAUGCUCCAAGAAGGUGCAGGGCAGAGUAAAAUAGGAUCCCCAAUAUAAGAUAAAAGGCCUUCAUAGCUAAAUGACAGCAAAGGAUUUUUUCCUCUCUCAAAUUAAAUAUUAAGUGAUGCUAUUUAAAAGAAUCAGGAAUAUUAAAAUGAGCUUAAUACCAUUGAGAGAAACUAAUUUAUCUAUUGUUAUGGAGACAUUCCAUUUUUCUUAAAGUAUGAUAUCAGGAAAAAUUUUUGGGCCGCUAUAAAAUAUGAUCCUUAAUCAAACUAUUAAGGGACUCUUCGUUAUUCUAGUAUUUGCAGAGUACUUCAUUUGAAUCACAUAUUGCAAAUAGAAUAAGAAGUACUAAUAAUGACUGGAGGAGUAUUAGCUUAAUCAGGAGACCCUGUCAGUUCUGCUUUUAAAAUAUCAGCGCAAACUGCUCCUUCUUUUCUUACUAAAAUUUCAGAUAUGAAGUCUCGUAGAUUCGGCCAUUGUUCACUUGAUAUAAGAGGAACUUUAUAUGUCAUAGGAGGAUUUUGUCAUUCAGAAGGUCUUAACUAGCCACCAGUAAGUUUGAACAGUGUGGAGAAGUAUUAAGUAGAAACUGACAACUGGACUAAUGCAAGGGAAAUGAAAUAUGCAAGAGCAUAUCAUGGGGCUUGUCCAGUCAAAAAUAACAACUAUAUUUAUGUAUUUGGAGGACUAUUUGAUCAUUAGAUUAUUAGUUCAAUAGAAUAAUAUGAUAUAAUGCAGGAUUCUUGGGCUGAAAUGAAUAUCAUCAUGCCGACGAGAAUAAUAAAAUUUGGUUGUGUAGCAAUAAAUUCCUCAGAAGUAAUUAUUUGUGGUGGAAUAUUUGGUGAUUAGAAAAAUGAGUAGUUUUCAUAUGUGAACACUGCUUACAAAUUUGAUCUCUAUGCAAACAAAUGGACUAUCUUACCUAGAAUGUUUUCAAGAAGAGUUUUGGAUUCAAGCAUACCAUUUACUCCUCAAGAAGCAGAUAAAUCAGGUGAAAUUAUAGAGGCUAAAGUAUUUGCAAUCGGUGGGGCUUUUGAUGGGAGCUGUGAAGCUUUCAAUCUUAAUAGUGGCAAAUGGUAGCAAUUAAAUGGCUAUGAAAAACUACUGAAAGACAAUGAUCUUUAGACAUUCGCUAUCUCCUUAGUAUGA